GGAACUGACUUCUUAUGAAUCAGUGGCACAACAUUUCCUGCAACAGCUCUCCAAAGAUGCGCAUUAAAAACUCCGGACCACAGCUGGCGGAAUAAGUGGAUUAAUCGUCUCAUCAUGGAGUUAAGAAGCCGCGACACGUUAUCUUUCCUCCUCCUUCUGCUCGGACACACUGUGGCUGCGAUCGCUCUGCCUGGUGUUAAUAAUGAAACAGCCUUAAAUCUUGAGUGUACCAAUGACUUUAUCGAUCGGAUGUUUUGCCAACUGGAGCGAUCAAACUGCUCUGAAUACAAUCUGACUCUUCAGAGUAACAGCGUGGAUGAUGAUGAGGAACAUUGCACUUUCCAGCAGUGUGACAGUGGACAGUGUUGCUGCUCUGUUGAACUGAUGCUGAGCUAUGGGGCGACUCACACUGCAACUGUCUGGAAAGGAGGCCACAUCUUGGAGUUGAAAAACAUCACUGUCGAAAAGAGCAUAAAGCCCAAAGCUCCAGAAAUUGUGUCAGUGGAUGAAUCAAAUGGGAAAGUCAAGUGGAAGAGACACUAUGAGGGCGUGUUCAGAGAGAGUCUGACUGCUGAAGUGACUUACGAUGAAAAAGGCAGCACAAAAAAGAUAACAAAAUUUUUCAAAGCAGCUGCUUGUGAUGAACUGGAUUGCUAUCAAAUACCCAGAGGAUACCUGAAACCAAGUACAACAUACAUGGUCAGCGUGAGAACCUUCACAAACUGGAGUGAUGUGUUCAGUGACAGUAGCAGAAAGUGGGAAUUCAAAACUCCUUCCAGUAUCUCCCCGCUCUUGGUCAUCAUCAUCUCCCUCAGUGUCGCUGCAGUCAUCCUCACUGCUGCUAUAUAUGGCUGUUAUGUAAGGGUGAAAACCAAAUGGUGGGACACAGUUGCAGAUCAUCCAAAAUCAAACCUUCUUAUUUUUCCUUCAAACAAGCAAGAGAUAUUUCAGGUCUUGAAGCCUGUGCCUCCCAUCAUCUCCUCCAUCUACGUUGACCCUCUUCUUUCAGAUGACAGCGAGCUGUGGCCAAAGAUGCCACUGACAGACACCAGCAGUGGGAGCUUUCAGCAAAGGAGUGGAAUCAGCACGGGGUCCUCGUGUCUCAAUGAUGCUAAUACAGAUCGUGUUGACAUCACAGCCUGUGUUAAGGAAGCCCUUUGCAGAGACAUCCCCGGUAUCAGCAUCAUAUCACCGUCGACCACCAGUCCGCUUGCAGACUUAAACAAAGACAGCAGUUUAAUCUCCUCUCCUAGUAGCCCAUGUGGUUUCAGGGCUGACGGCAUGAGUUCUGGAUCGUCUGGCUUUGACAAUAAAACCUAUUCCAUCGUCAUGCCACGUCAGAUUACGGCGGACAGCUCUGCUGUCCAGAUGCAGGCUGAAAUACCUUGUGACUCUGGAUACCAUCCCAGUGAGAGCAACACAGUCAACUGUCCUGACCAACAGGUGCCAGGCUGUCUGCUUCCUUGACAACAGGAUGUUAUUUUACCACUUGUGGCUUCAUCUCUGGUGCCAACAGACAUGUCAUAUCAACAGUGCAAUGCAGAUUCUGGGACUUUUUCAAAUGCUGAAGACUCUAGCUUGUGCUCCACCUCUAGUGGCAUCAACACAACCGCCUCUUGUGAUGUUCUGUCCAGUGCUGGAGCUAGAAACCAGGGCUCUGAUAAGGCAAUCAGAGCUGUGACAAAUGGCAAGAAUGAAGAUGCCUCAAUAUGUGACAAAAAUCCCUGCUCCACCUGUGUGCCGACAGAAUCGCACAGUUUUCUUGCAGUGGAUGAUGAUUACCAGGCAUUUUCAAAUCUCGUGGGGCAGCCUGAUGCUUUGAUUUCCGAGCAAAGAAGCACUGAGCGGGAAGAACCACUCACCAACAUCCCACAAAGCUUCUCAAGCACCGUUGUACCAGGUUUCAUGAGCAAUGGCCAGAGUGGCCAACAUCUGUCUGAGCUCCAAACACCUUUUCUCUCCCUGAUGUCUGCUGGCCAGUCUUUGCCUGUAAUGACAGACAGCGGCUAUCAGUGUGUGUAGUUUGGUGGCCUUGACUUGGGUUCCACAGUUUGUACUGGAACAACAAGAAAACAAUGUAACUUGAAGAACCACUGGAUGUAUUGACCAUUUAACAUGAUGUAAACAGCAUGUUUGCCAUGUUGUCAUGCAAAUGUAUGAUUCAAGGAAUAAUGGACCCUGACGUGACUUUAUCAAAGGCUGUUGUAAAUAUUUUGUGUGUUCUUGUUUUCAUUUUUCAUAAAUGGCUCAUCUUUCCACCCUAAGAA